AGCAGCAGCUUGUGAAAUUUUAAGGUAAUUUAAAAUACCUGUCACUGUUUUGAGCUGGCAUUAACACAACUCUUCCAAGGCAAACAACAGGCUACAGAAGAGCUGAUAAAGGCUCUAGGCACAGGUGUAGCUUUAAGGGUUUUGGGACACUUCUCUUGAUAGCACCGAGUGCAGGACAGCUCAGGAGACAGAACACGGAACAUUCAUCUGCACAAGAGAUUUUUCUCCCCCCGUUACCUCCUGUGGUUCUGAGAGCUAAGUUGGGCAAGUUGGUGUUUUUCCCCCAACAUGUCAUGGUAUAGCUGUUACCCAAAGGAAGUGUGUCAUAGCUGUGGUUUUAGUUCCCCACUUAGAGCCACAUGUCACUGCAGUUACAGGUUUGCCUAAAAAACACCAGCACUGCCCAAAUCUCCCUGCUGUACACUGAUGGUCGACUGCAUCCUAGGAGCAAAUCCAGGCACAAAGAAAUCUUAUUGUCAAAGGACUAAGUAUCUGAAACAUCCAUGUUCUGUUGACUACAUCUUGCCAAGGUUAUUCACAGUCAGACUGAGGAAUUAACAGUGACAGUCACUACUUGGCUCUGCUGUCCUUGCGGUGCAGAUCUCGCUGGGUGCUCAGACCCCGUCAAUACCCACACACAAGGGGUUGAACUAAAAAGAAAAGCAGCUCUUUAAAGGGGACUCAACAGGAGGAUGCAGACAAAGAGAUGCAGGAACCCAUGCCUGGCCUUCCCAGCCAUGAUCAUCUUCUCCCUGUGGCUGCCAACGAGUGCAAACCACACAGGCUCCCCUCAUCUCAGAGAAGAAACCUGGAGUCCUAUCAGCCAAAACCUCAGUGGGAGUCAGAACAGGACAGAAGCAAGCACAAAUUCUCCUCUGAGCCUCAAUUUCAGCAGCCCCACAACUGCUUUUGAAAUGCAAAGUACCCUGCCAUCCUUCUCCACAAAGGCCAAAAAUUCAACAUCUUCCCCUGCCAAAGUGCAAAGUACCCUGCCAUCCUUCUCCUCCACAAUGACUCCAAAUUUGAUUUCCUCUGCCCCAAGUGCAGUUUCCACCACGGGAGGAUUAGAGAAAAGCAGCAAACCCAAGAGCCCAAUGACCAAAGAAAGCUGUGAAGACAAUAAGUCUCUCAUACUGAUUUGCUUCAUUGUCAUUGCAGUUCUUGUGCUCAUCUGCAUCUCCCUGUUUCUGUCCACAGUCGUCGUAGCCAACAAAAUCUCCUAUCUCAAAAGAGCCCAGCAGGGCAAACGCAGGCCCAGGAGCAAUGGUGACCUCCUGGCCACCAACAGCUUAUGGCCCACAGCAGCAGGAACGUGGCAGAGGAUGCCCAAGGAGACAAGUGGAACCGAGCUGAUAAUGCAGGAGCUGGUGUCAGGGAGGGAUGCUGUGAACCAAAGGAAAACUGAAGAUGAACCUACUGAGAAACUCACCAAAGCAGCAGACAAUGAACAAGAAAGCAAAGAGCCGUCCCAGUCACACAAACCCAUUUUAACCAAUUUUGUAGUUGAGAUUUAAUUCACACUCAGGUAAAAAUUCAACUUUUGCCUUUUUUAACCAUUAACGCAAGGCAAAACUUGUAUUUCGAGUAACAGCAAGAAUCUCCCCCCCAGAAAGCUAAAUGCAGAUUUUAGAGUUUUUCCAUUUAUGCCAGUGGGAAUGCUGCAGCCACGUGUGGACCCAGAAGGCAGUAAAACUGUGUGAACAGCUUUCUGUAAGUAGUGUCAAGACUGGUUUUACUCCUUUGACCAGAAAUCAGGGUGACAGGAGCUGAACAGGACAAACCAAAAGGACAGAAUCUGCCCACACUCAAAGACCACAGAGGGGAACAAGGAACACACUGUCAGUCUGAUCGACACUCUGAACACUAAGAUGCUGCACAGGCUGCACCAAGUUGCUUUGCAAAGGAAACCAUGCAUUAGUCACAACUCUGAUUCCACCACUAAUCCAGGAUCUGGUCCCUCUCAAAAUGUCCUUUUGGAUUUUCCAUCAAGAACUUCUUAAACCAGCUUAGUUACUUUCAAAGCAGACUGAUUAGAACCAUAUUUAUUGUGUUUCAACUUUGACUGUGAAUAGAUAAAAUUUGUAGUAUUUGCUAGAAUAUGAGAACCUGUUCAAUUUGUUAUCUUCAAUAAACUUGCAAUGUCAGUUUUUAAAUGACUUACGUGAUACUAUUUCUCUAGUCAAAAUGUUAGAAAAAAAUAUGACCAGGCAUUUUGGAAUGUUUUAUUCCUGUAACAUUGGCUGAGCUCGGGAAAGGUCUCUGAUGACUCGCUGUGAUUUCCUGCAUCAUGGAAACACACUCCACUUUCUCCUGACACCAAAUAGAACAUGCCAGGAAUUCCUUUCAACCACAACAACUUUUAGUUUCUUUAUUCUCAGAGACCUGACCUUCCCAUAAUUCCAGGGAGGUGCCUGUGCUGCUCUCCCUGCAGCAGAGCUUUGCUCUUUUAAGGAAACGUGAGAAGCUUUCCACAGGCUGCUCCUUGGGCUGAAGAAGCUCUGUUGCACUGCGGUUACAAGUGCUGAGACUGCACAGAGCCAAAGCUCCAAACAUCCUGUGCAGCUGUAACCAACAGCUGUGACACAUAACAUGGUUGUACGAGUUUGAGAGGACCAGGAUGACCGAAUCCCCCACCCCAACUCCACUGAUCACCCGUUAGCUUGGCUGGCAGGGCAGACACAGCAGCAGCAGAGGCAGGACCACAGCACCGUGGCAGCCAGGACAGAGACAGAGCUCCAAAAAUUCAACUGCCAGGCUCAAAGGUGGGCUGUGUAGUGAGGAAAAUAAAGCUGGAAGGAGUUUGCAUGCUUAGCCUAGAACUGGGAAUCAGCUGUGGGGGUUGAAAAGGAUGGGGAGGAGACAAAGAAAGCAGACGAGAAACAGCGAGCUGGUGUGAGUAUGGGAUCAGGAUGUGUGUGUGCUGCAGGAGCAGGCAGAGUGUCACAGAGAAGCAGUGCAGCCAGAGAGCCACAACAGGAAGGGCUGCAGAGGAAUCUGCCAGCAGCUACUGGCAGAACACAAUUGCAAAGUGCCAUGAGGACACAUCUGGUGUGGGGUUCUUUCCGCCACGCAGCCUUUCCAGGCAAAAACGCUCACGGAGAGCAAGGAGAGCAGCCUGGGUUACACUCCACGGUACAGACAGGGACAGACUGGGAAGCAGCUGCUCAGAGCACAGCCCUCCACCAGCAACGGCAGCAGGUCUCAACGCUGUCCACACAGAACAACCAAGCGAGUAGGGACAGGCAGAGGGUGAAAUCAGAUUUUGCCCUCUGCGUCUCGAUGCAGCCACACAAGACAGGAUGUGUGAGCAGCCAGCAUCCCAUGACCACAGAGCUUUCCAUGACUCACCAAGGAAGCCAGGGGUGGUUUCCCACUAAUAACCCUGAGACCACAGCAAACCCACCACUGAACUACAUCAGCAACUCAAAUCCAGCCCAAACUUGCCGAGUUUUUGAUUCGCACAGAAGAAACAAUAACUAUUUUCUACAAAGACAGGCAAACAGGUAUUUGGAAACUUCCACACAAACACACAGAGGUGCCUGAUGUGGCAGGAGCCACCAACACCUUUUUGCAGGAGCCCAGCACAGCAGGCAGAGCAGAAGUUUGCCCGUGGGACACGAUCUCUGAGAUAAGAGCCCCGAGCUGCUUGGCGCAGACGCUUCCUGCCGGCGUUGGCAACUUCCUCCCUCUCUGCACAAACUUCUGCAUGAGAAGAGCCAUUUUACCCUGUCUGACUGAGCACACCCAGCCCUCCCGAGCCUCCAAGCAACAAAGGCAGACGGUGCCUGCUUCAGAGAAGAUAAAUGUGC